AUGUGUUCCCACGGCCAAGGGGGCAGAGCCCACAAUCAGGGCGGUGGCCGAGAUUUGCCGAGAUUUAUGGGGGUCACACCACCAUGCUUCUCAACCCAGACCACCAUGCUUCACGAUCCCAAAUGCCGAUUUGACUACCCACUUGCCCCGAUCAGACUCCACCAUGCAGAUAUUUUUAAGCCAUCAGGCAAAUCUUUUUUCAGCCUCGAUUGGCCCUCCAGGACUCCUCCUAUAAAUACUAAGCUCAAGACCACGUUCAAGAGGUUCAAACACCAAACCAAAAGCCUCCCACGGAGCAACUUAUAUUUUCUGUAA